AUCCUGCAGAUACUAUUGUUCGGUUAAAUAUAUUUCGUACAAACAUGGUACUAAGAUUGAACAUCGACCAAAUAGAAUUAGCAACACGAGAUUGGAUUUGCAAAGUUCAAAUUGUCGAAAUCGGACACCCGCGAGAAAGUGCUGCCAAGAAAUGUACAUUCCAAAAUUUGAUUUUGGAAGAUGAAGAGGAAUGCCAGAUUAAGGAAGUUAUGUAUGCCGAUGAAAUUGAGCAGUAUGCAGAUAAGCUUACACUCAUCAAUACCUACCUCAUCUCUACUGCAAAAGUCAAAGUCUCGCCAACUUCAUACGGCAAGCCAAAACAUAAAUUUUACUGGAUUCUUGACAAAGAAACAGUAAUUGAACAUAUCAAACCAUCUAAUGAACUUGAGAAACCACUUCCACCACCAACCAAGUUGAAUAUCACAACCUUUGAGCGCAUUCCUCAUAUGAUAGUUGAUUCUGUUGCUGAAAUUGAUAUACUGGCAAUCGUUAUUCGUUGUGGUCCUCAAAAAUACGCAGAUCGCAGUCAUCAUAAGUGUCGAGAAAUUACCCUUUGUGACAAUCAGAAAAAUCAGUUUCUCCUCACUCUAUGGGAAGAUUUUGGAGAAAUAGAAGGAAAUGAAAUUGCAGCUAAAAUGGCAACAGAGGAAGAUCUGAUUGUAAUCCUCGGAAGGAGUAUAGGAAUCUCUACUUAUCAAGGGUUGUCACUGCAGACUAGGUUCAAUUCCACAGUAUGUGUGGAUCCUAAUUACCCACAGGCAGUAGAACUGAUCAACUGGGCAAAAGAAAUAAAAAAAAAUUGUUAAGUCGUGCGUCAGAGCAAACCUCAACAAGCUCAUAUGUCUCUCCCAUGAUAGUGACUCCUGUUGGCCAACAAGUUAUCUCUAUUGCAGAAAUGUCAUCAGCAACUUCUAUAGGACUAUUCUAUGUUGAGGCAGAAAUGGCCAUAUCAUAUGAAUUCCAAGAGUUUUGUGUGCUUGAAUGCUCAGGAUGCAAACAGAAGAAGCGCACAAAGGAUAGAAAGGCUUUUGAAUGUCCAAAAUGCAAUCGCAAAAUAGCAUUAGUACCUCGGUGUAUCUUUCAAAUUGAUCUUAUUGAUGGUACUGCUACAACCACAACAUCUAUCUCUGCUAAAUUGGGAGAAAAAUUACUCUCCAUGACAGCGGAAGACAUAUUUGACAUAACUUGCGCUAAGGAACUCCCUCACUCCAUUUUGUCACUUUUGCUUAAUAGGAGGAAUAAAAUGAAUCAGUCUCCCUAUGCUAUGGUUUUUUGAAUGAAGAAGAUUAGCUACUAAGAA